AUGUGCACUAAGCGAUCGCUUGUUUGGAGUUUGCUGGUCCUCUCUGUGUUUCAUAUGGGACUCGGGGUGUCCUGCGUCUCUCUGGGUGUGAUUGGGGUCACACAAACCCUGUGGCAGCAGAAAAGCCAACACUCCUUCUCUACACCCAUAUGGAGCGGCGCUUGUUUUCUAGUCUGUGGACUAAGUGGGAUCCUGUGUGCGAAGAAGAGAACUGGACUGACUAUGAUCCUGUUUUCUGCCUGUUGCAUCUGUGGGCUUAUCGGAGGGAUUCUCAAUGUCCAGUUUGUGAGGGCGAUGAUGAAACGGGCAAGCAGCCUGCACUCUUUUCAUCUAGCCUUCAUCUGCCUGGACAGCCUGGGCAUCCUGGGCUGCACCAUCUCCACCUGGCUGACCUGCAGACUCGCCAGCUCUGAACAGAAAAGACUGUUUCUGGAAAGAGAUUUGUCCUUGCAUCAUUCUGUGGAGAUGGGAGAGAAGGUGAAGGCGGCGUGUGUGGGAACUCUUUAAAGACUGUGAAAUCUCUUUUGUUUUUAUUAAAACUUGAAACAUGUUGAUUUGCUUUGUAGAUAUAAAGCACAGUUAUUUGUCCAGAAGGGCUUUAUAUCAGCAUUAUUUAAGCUAUAGAAAAAUAAAAAAG